CAAUGCUGGACGAGGAAAGCCUCAACUACCCACUCUUUCGAGAUUGUCUCUCCACCACCAUCCUCCAGCCCGCAACGCCCGCGCCGGAGCCGAAGCGCAGGAGACGAGCCAAGGCGGGGCCGACGUCGCCGGUGCCGGCUGCGGUUGCGGUUGCGGAUCCGGAGCGGGACGCCCAGGAACUCGCCGACUUCAUCGACUACCUGGCCGACGGCAUCUUUCGGAACCUCCCGCAGGACCUGCAGGAUCUGGACCACCGCUCAUGGAGGGAAUCUGAAGCGCUGCAGGCGCAGUACUCCCUGCCCCUGACCGAGGAUAGCCUGUCAGAGCUCGUCCUGCCGGCGUCCAUCUGCGAGACGCUCGUCACUUACAACCUCGUCUCCUCAGACCCGUCUCAGCCUUCACAUCUCCCAUCCACGCCCGAGGCAUUUCUGCUCCCCAUACUCACCGCAUACCUCACCCCUCUCAUCGAACCCCCACCAGCUACGGCAUCUACUCGCACAGAAGCCUGCGAGCUUUGCGAGCGUUCUUGGAUCCCCUUGUCAUAUCACCACCUCAUUCCUCGCUUUGUGCACGAGAAAGCUGUCAAGCGCGGAUGGCACCGCAAGGAAGACCUGCAAAACGUGGCGUGGCUGUGUGGUGCUUGUCACAGAUUCGUACAUCGCUUUAGGAAUCAUGAAGACUUGGCGAGAUAUUAUUACACGGUUGAGCUGUUGUUAGAAGAAGAAGAGGUUCAAAAAUUUGCGGAGUGGGUUGGCAAGUUACGCUGGAAGGGUGGUAAGACAAGGAGUCGAAAGCAUUAGAAGUCACCUAGAGCUAUAACUUGGGAGAAUGCUCUGCGUCGCGCGUAUCCUACAGGCACGAUGAUUGAAUAUGAAGACGGGUUGUAUCGUGAUUUCAAGGGUAUCAAGUUUAUUCUUAAUCCGGGACGUUUUGUACAAAAUCCUGAUGAAAAACAAAAAAAUCGUAACAGUAUUGCUCAUAACAUACAUAUGCUGAUGAUGAGGAAAAAAGAGAGAUGAAUCGCAAAAAUUAGCCGAUU